CCAGUUGACGUGGUGAAGAAGCCUCCCACUGCUUUCAUUUUGUUCCAAAAUCGCGUCCUGCACCUUUUCUUUUCCUCUUGUUGCUCACACGAGUUGCCGCCCCUCGUUUUCCUUGAAUCCACGAGCCGCGCGUGACUAGAUCGCCGCCUCCUUUCAUUUACUUGCCUCUUUCCCGUGCUCAAAUCACAGCCCCUGAACAUCUCCUUUUCAAGAACUGGUCUUCUCUGCCUGCCUGCUUCAGAAAUUAGCAGGCUUUCCCGUUUGGAAUCAGGGGUGUGUUUUUGACCUUGUGGUCAUGAAGUUCGCCAAGAAGUACGAGACGUACAUGAAGGGGAUGGAGGAGGAGCUCCCCGGCGUGGGGCUCAAGCGGCUCAAGAAGAUGCUCAAGAAAUGCCGCGCCGAGCUCGGAUCACACCAGCAAUCCUCCUCUUCCUCUUCCGACGCCGGCGGUGUCCGGUGCCUCGGCCAUUGCUCAGUAUGUGAUGGGAGUUUCUUCCCGUCCCUUCUCAACGAGAUGUCAGCCGUCAUUGGCUGCUUCAACAAGAAGGCCAAGAAGCUUCUUGAAUUACAUUUGGCAUCAGGUUUCAAGAAAUAUGCCAUGUGGUUCACCAACAAGGGCCACAAGAGCCAUGGGCAAUUGAUACAGCAAGGCAAAGACUUGGUUACAUAUGCAAUUAUAAAUGCCGUAGCGAUGAGGAAAAUUCUAAAGAAGUAUGACAAGAUACAUUACUCGAAGCAAGGGCAGGAGUUCAAAGCUCAAGCCCAGAGCCUGCACAUUGAGAUACUUCAGUCCCCAUGGCUAUGUGAGCUAAUGGCUUUCUACAUGAAUCUGAGAAGGAGCAAGAACAACGAGGUUGCGAUGGAGCUCUUUGGUGACUGUUCGCUCACAUUUGAUGAUGAUCAGCCAACGCUCUCAUGCAACCUCUUUGACUCUAUGCGCGUUGAUAUUAGCUUGAUGUGUUCAAUUUGCUUGGACACAAUGUUUGAUCCGGUCUCUCUUUCCUGCGGCCAUAUAUUUUGCUACUUGUGCUGCUGUUCUGCUGCAUCAGUGACGAUUGUUGACGGACUGAAGUCUGCAGAUCAAAAAUCAAAGUGCCCACUGUGCCGACAGGUUGGGGUCUUUCCUAAUGCUGCACACUUGGAUGAGCUGAACAUGCUGAUAAGCUAUAGUUUAUCAGUGUUGUAUAUCAACAGCUGUCCAGAGUUUUGGGAGAAGAGAAUGCAGAUGGAGCGAGUUGAACGUGUUCGCCUAGCUAAGGAGCACUGGGAGUCACAAUGUAGAGCAUUCUUGGGCAUUUGAUGGAACGUGUAAUCUUGGUUAAAAAAAAGGAAUUUCUCAUUGUUGACUUGUUCUUGGUUAGAUCUUGCUUUGUUGGAUAUAUCCUGCUGAAAUGAAUCGGCCUGUAAAGCGGGUUCACUUUUGUGCACCUAGACGAAAAGGAGGCACAUGUGUCGUGAUUAAUGAGUGUAGAACUGCAAAAGUGACCUGGCCUAUUUGGCCAAUUUGGCUUUCUGAUGUUUUACCACAGAUUUGGGCCUGCCAUCCAGAGGCACCUACCUCUAAAUAUACAUGAUCUCCAUUGUUAUUCAGGCAA